AUGGCUUUGAAUAUGGCUAACUUCUAUGUUAACACUGAUUGUUACUAUUACACUGAAAAUGCUGGAUAAUCUGGUUCAGAAGCUAAUUACAUUAGAUCUGAUAUUUCUAUUGAUACUUCUCACUCAUAGUUCAGUGAGGCUGAUUGCAGAUCUUAUGUUGUUACCCAUAUCUAAUAUCAACCCAAAGGUAAUAAUAGUGGUAAUGAAGAUGUCGAUUAUGUUGAUUUACCUGCUCCUAAAAAUGGUGGUUCUUAUCUCAGCAAUUUACCUGGUGGUAAAAGUGGUGAUCAAAGAAUCUAAAUUCCUCUUAUUGAUGUCUAUGGUCUUGCCAAUAGCCAAACAGUCAGUGCUGAUGGAAACCAAAUUGUUCAAAUUUUGAACUACAGAAUUUUAAUCGGAUACUCAGGUACAGUAUUAAGAUCUCACAGAUGGUAAUCAACCGUUUUCACCAACAGAAAUUAAGUUUAAACCUUCACUGUUGAUGUAGAUAUCCAAAGAACUCAAGGUUGUCAACCUGGUCAAAACUGUAUCAUCGUUGCUGAUUUGGAUGUUACUGGUAAAUAAUACAAAUCUGAUUGGGUUACUGUAAAUAGUGGUGCUCAAUACACUGUUGGAGAUAUCUUAUACUUGAGAAUAUGGUUCAAGGAUGCUACUUAUACUAAAUAACUUUCAUUCUAAUAAUUAUUUUUCUUAAACGACUCAGGUUAAGUAUUUGAUUACACUGCUCUUUGUGAUCCUGUAGCCACUGCUUGGAACCAUAAUGACAAAUCCCUCCAU